AUGACAACCUCAAUCCAAGCCUCCGUCCUCCAUGCCGCGAAAGACCUUCGCCUUGAAUCUCGGACACUCUCCCCUCCCGCUGAGAACGAAGUCCAAAUCGCCAUCUCCUCCACCGGUCUCUGCGGCUCAGAUCUGCAUUACUACUCCCACUUCCGCAACGGCGACAUCCUAGUCCGGGAACCCCUCUCCCUCGGGCACGAGUCUUCUGGCAUCGUAACUUCAAUCGGCUCAUCUGUCUCCCAUCUUCAACCCGGCGACCGCGUGGCUCUCGAAGUCGGAAUUCCAUGCGGGGCAUGUCAAAGGUGCAAGCAGGGACGAUACAACAUCUGCAAAGACGUUAAAUUCCGGAGUAGCGGCAAGGCGUUUCCGCAUUUCCAGGGAACGCUGCAGGAGAGGAUCAACCACCCGGCGGAGUGGGUGUAUAAACUCCCCGACGAUGUGUCCCUAGAUGUCGGAGCUCUGCUAGAGCCAUUGGGUGUAGCGCUGCACGCGUGGCGGAGGAGUCUGAUCAAGGAUGUGGGAUCGGAAGCGACGGUGGUUGUGUUUGGUGCGGGAGCGGUGGGAUUGCUUUGUGCGGCUGUGGCGAAGGUGAAGGGCGCGGGGAAGGUGGUGAUUGCGGAUAUUGACGAGGGAAGAUUGAGGUUUGCGGUGGAGAACGGGUUUGCUGAUCAGAGUUAUGUGGUGCCGAUGAAGCGAGGGAAGGACACGGAGGAGAGUUUGGCCAUUGCGAAGGAGGUGGCGAAGGAGGUCGGGGAGGUGGAUGGAUUGGGAGAGGUGGAUGUUGUGUUUGAGUGUACGGGUGUGCCAGCUUGUGUGCAGGCGGGAAUCUACGCAACAAAACCAGGCGGUCGAUUGAUGCUCGUAGGAAUGGGUCAUCCCAUCCAGACCAUCCCUCUCGGAGCGGCAGCGUUACGAGAAGUGGACAUUGUUGGUGUCUUUCGCUACGCCAACACGUACAAAGAGAGCAUCGAGAUUGUGCAGCAAGCGAUGAAGUCGGCGGAUGGACCAGACUUUUCAAAACUGGUAACACAUCGCUUCUCAAGUCUUGCUGAAGCCGAGAAAGCUUUUGAGAUGGCCGGCAAGACGAAAGAUGCGGAUGGGAAGUUGGUCUUGAAGGUUGUGAUUGACAGCAGUAAUCAGUAG